AUAAUACUGAUCACGAGGGCAACGAGAGAUUAACAGAUGUGAUGAUCGCUCUUAUGAUGUCUGAGAAGAAAUUGGGGCCAAAAGUCUACGGACUCUUCGAAAGCGGACAAAUCCAGAAAUAUUACCAGCACCGAUGUUUUCGUGUUGACGAACAAAAGGAUCCAAAAUUGGUACAAGAAUUGGCCCAAAAGUUGGCGAGAAUUCACUCAACAGUGGUCCCCAUAAAGAAGGACUCAAAAUGGAUGUUCAGUUUUUUCGACAAUUCCUAUAGCGAUGCCAACAAACGCUUUGAUUUGAAGUCAUUGUACGAAGAGUGCAAUUGUGAGACAUUGAAAACACAUGACUUGAUACAGGAGUUAGAAUGGCUUAAGGAGACUAUCAUUAAAACUGAUUCUCCGGUGACUUUCACUCACAUAGACUUCAGA